CUUCAGCAAUCCCUCGAGGUCAAGGAUGAUUGUCUUAUUUGUAUGUCUGAAGAUGGAUGAUUAUGCCUAUCCGAGACUGAAAGAUUACUGCAGCUCGGACAUGUGUUUCCAUAUGAGCAGGUGACUAAAAAUGGAGAAAAUAGUGAACAGAAUUUGUCUGGCUUCCACUCCGGACACGAUAUAUUUUCUACAGGUUGCUUGGGAAAAAGACUUAAGCACUGGUUUUGUUGCAACACUUAGUGAUGGGCAAUCAGCAUGGACUGGGACAGUUUCUGAAGCUGAAAUUUCUAGGGAAGCUGCUGACAUGGAAAUGGAAAGAGAAAAAUAUGUUGAAGAACUGAGGAAAGCACUGGUAUUAGAAGCAAGACCAGCUAAUAUAUAUAACUUCGAUAUUUCUAAAGAUGAAGAAAAUGCAGACUACUUUCAUUUCUCUUAUGAAAAAAAUCUGAAAGAUUUUUCUUUUAGACUUGGAUCACUGAAGCUACAGAAAGUCUCAGCUCCAGCUGAAGUCAUUCAAGAGCUGAUUAGCUAUUGCCUAGAUUGCAUAGCAAGACUUCAUGCCAAAAACGAGCACCUGCAAAAAGAAAACGAAAGGCUUCGAAGUGACUGGAAUGACGUACAAGGACGACUUGAAAAAUGUGUGGAAGCUAAAGAAGAAUUAGAGACAGAUCUUUAUCAACGGUUUGUUCUGGUGCUCAAUGAAAAGAAAGCAAAGAUAAGAAACUUACAAAAGUUAUUAAAAGAAGCUAAGGAACCUACAGAGGAUAAAACACAUGCAAGCACUUCUCCCGUUGAAACUACUGCUGAAAGAGAAGAUGAUUAUGAGGGCAGCACUGAUGAGGAAAGUGAGCCUUUAACACAGCCUUCAGUAGCAUUAGUGGCUGGAAGCAACAUUGGAGGUCAUGCCACCAGUACAGAAAGAAGGGAUUCCCUUCUAAACAGCCCAGACAUGGCUGAUAUAGCUCCAAACAGAAAGCGGAGACAAAGGGCUCUAAAGACUGCUGGAACAGGACCGAAAAUGGCUACACACGAGACAGAUCUGCAAGUAAACAAAAAGAAUAAGUGCCAGAACAGACACAAUAUGGAAACUGCCUGCCUACCUAAUCCUGAUCCACCAGAGGCAAGAGACAAGCACUCAACCAAGACGUCAUCUUUGGAAAUACCAAAAAAUACUGCUGAGCCAGAGGAUCUCUUUGAUGACAUCUAACUAUGAGUUUUGUCUGUUUUUGGUGAGAAACUGAAAAAAUAAUGUUUAUAUUCGAAACAAGCUGUUAAACCAUAAUGUUUUAUUAUACUGAAACUGACUUAAGACCCCCAUGCAAAGGUGGUUAUUUCUAAAUAAGAAUACAUUAUUCUAGUCUAUCUAGGUACACAUCCAUUGUCCAAAUUUUUCACCCCAGAAUUUUAGUUUCUUGAGCUUCCAAAGUUUGGGCCAUUCUGCCAUUCAUAUAUUAUUAGUGUCAUUCUGGUGAUGCAAAGUAGCCUGAAACCAAUUCAGGGUGUGAAUGAAAAUUCAUAGAAUAAUCCUACAAGGUCAUAGGCCUGUUACAGUGGAUUACUGUAAGUGUCUCUAGGACAGAGAAUGUGUCUGAGGAAAAAGGACAUGGCCAGGACAUCUUUAUACCCAGAUGUGGAAAUUCAGUCUGAAGGACAUCUGGAAGUCCCACCUUGCAUGUCCUCAGGAAACACUCUACCUUUGUAUUCACCCUAACAGUUGCCCACUUUCUUGAGUUGCUCAACACAGUUCAAACGCAGCCCAGGAGUUGUCAUUGAGAUGCUUAUUAAAAAACAAUGAGUUAAAAAAUUAUACCUUGUAACAUACAAUAACAAUAUAAAAGUAAUUUUGUAAGUUCCUUAAAUCCAACAGAAGAUACUUUUCUAGGCUGAAUAUGAUUUCAAUAUGCACUGUAAAAUGUAUUUUUGCCUUUGAGAGUAUAAUAUAAGUCAAUAUUCUUUUCUUUUGUAUUGAAAUAUAGCCAUUAAAACAA